AAAUCGUGGGACUUGGAAGGGUCCAGGGGCGGCGGGUAUGGUUACCGUCAGAUUACCGGCCGGCCAGGUACUCGGAUGGCGCACGGGCAGGCAACGAUACCGCCCUGUGACGCCCAGAUGGGUCUGGUUUCCACCCGUAACCCCAUCGUCAUUUGCAAUCUCGCCAGCGAAAAAUGCGCUUUUCGCUCCCCCAACCAAACCCUACUCCAUACCCUUACGGCGUACACAGUACGAGUACGGAAGGCUAGUGGGUUCUAGCCUCGUACCUUGUUUAUUCCCAUUACUCUCAUUAUUCAUAAUCUCUUUGGGUUUUUUUUAUUCGUGUCACAAAGCCGAUUAUUCACCCAAUCUGUCUUCUUCCCGUUGCUCGAACUUGUGUUGAGGGCCCAGUCCGUCCAGUCGUCCUCUUCUUCGUCUUCCCUUUCGACCUCGUCCAGCACCGACCUACUCCCAUUGCUCGCCGUCUCCAGUGCCACGCCCUGUCUCUCCAAACGGUCAAUCCUGCUGAUUGAUUCCCUUUGGCUUAGGGAUCCGACAGAUCCCGCCGUCGAAGGGCUCCGUGCCCUCUACUAGUACUGUUCCUCCACGUGCGA